AUUUGUGAGGAAAAGUUUACUCUUCAACAAAAUUUAAUUAAGCAUGAGCUCAUUCACACUGGAAAAAAAACUUUUUCAUGUAAAAUUUGUGAUAAAACUUUUGUUAGAAAGUUUGGUUUACUUCAACAUAAACGAAUCCAUACCGGAGAAAAACCAUUUACAUGUGAAGUUUGUGAUAAGAAUUUUACCCAGAAAAACGAUUUAAUUAUACAUAAACGAAUUCAUACGGGAGAAAAAUCAUUCACAUGUGAAAUUUGCAACAAAAAAUUUGGUCAUCCUAGCAAUGUAGUUGUUCAUAAACGAAUUCAUACCGGAGAAAAACCGUAUUCAUGUGAAGCUUGCGAAAAAACAUUUACUCAGAAAAGUAGUUUAACUAGACAUCAACGAUUUCAUAUUGGAGAAAAACCAUUUACAUGUGAAAUUUGUGAUAAGAAUUUUACACAGAAAAGUGAUUUAAUUACACAUAAACGGACGCAUACUGGUGAAAAACCUUUUCCAUGUGAUUUUUGUGAGAAAACAUUUAAUUUACAAGGUGAUUUAAAUCGGCAUAAACGAAUUCAUACCGGAGAAAGACCUUUCACAUGUGAAAUUUGUAAUAAAACAUUUUCGAGGCAAAGUCAUUUAAAUAAUCAUAGACUUAUUCAUUCCAGAGUAAAAUCGAAACAAAAGUAGAAAAACGAAAUUUCUUAAAACGUGGCUUACCAUUGUGAGCUAACUGAAGCUAACUGAACAUGAAGUGUGUGUAUGCGUUCGACAUUCAGUUCACCUACAAGCGAGUGUUCUGUCUCUAUAAAACCAUAUUAUUAGUUUUUAAU